UCAUUCUACGUAUCAAAGAAAUCAGUAAACAAUAAGCAACAGCUCUUAAAUAUUACAAGCAAUACACAAAAUAUUAAAAUUUAACGUGAACAAUUUAUAGAAAGUUAUAAUGGAACCCGUAAGAUCACUGCUGCCUCACAUUUUAGACUUGCUGAGUCGCCAGCCCACACUCAGCGCCGAUGUGGAGGAUCUGUGCACAGCACUCGAACCCAUUGUGGUGGCCCAGCACAUCCGUCCAUUCGGUACACUCAAGAAAGCCGUGGAAUUUGCCAUGCAGGUGGGCAUUAAUCUGGGCAUACUCUCGCUGAGGGAGGAGAGUCGACGCUUGCCCUUCAGCUUUCGCAGAACGAAUGCCGUGGACAAGAGGCCGCUGACUCCUAUGCUCUGCAAGGGCAGACCAGCACGAAAGGCAGUCAAGAAAACGCGAACCAAAUCCCGUGCAAAGGCAAAGGCAAAGGCAACCAAAGCCAAAGCCAAAGCCAAGCCGCCCCGCGUAGCCCACUACAGCAGCGGCAGUCGUCAGUGUCGAAAGCCAAAGGCUCAGCCCAAACGACGCCGUUAGGUAUCGAUGUACUGACUGUCUGUUCCAAUAAAAAACAAAACAAAAAAGGUCGCUUCUGAUCCGGAUGAUCGUGCUACUGAACCGAGCGGGGAGGGGGCUAGGCUAGGCGUGGCGUGGCGUGGCGGAGGGGCGACAUGCGACAAGUGGGUUAACUAAGCGAUGUCCGCUGCUAUGGCACACACUUAGACUAAUUACCAGGCCAUGGGCACUCACUCACGGAUACAGAUACACAGAUACACCUGUCCUGGUCAGCGUCGCAAUUUCUUUUUGAUUUUGUGUCGGAGUUAGAGGCACUGGAAGAGGGAAAACAUUUUUGCAUGAAAAUGAAUUAUUCAGGGGUGCUGGCGAUUGGUUGGUGGCUGUUGGUGGUGGUUCGUGGCGAAGGCGAUUCUGGCGCAGUCAUUAUGAAAUCGGGUAUGCUUAGUAUUUGGUAUUGAUAUGGGCAAUUACGUAUGCGCCAUUUGAUGGCCACCACCGGCCGCCGAUCCUCCUACUCCCCGCAAACCGAAUGCAUAUAAAGAAUAAAGCAACUGCAGCCCUAGUUCAGUCUGUCUGCGGAACAAGUCGGAGCAAUACGUGCACACCAAAAGGAUAUACACAACCCACACACACACACACACUCAUCCAACACAACUCAAGCCAACCCAUAUAUCCUCCCGUUGAUCCUUUUUUUGCCCAUCAAAACUGAGCACCCAAAGGAUACGCGACACCAAAGUGCAAACAAAAGUGAUAAAAGAGCUAUAAGAAGUGCUUCGAUUUGGAGUGACAGUGUGCAGUGCUGAAGUCUAUUCGAUUAUCCAACCAAUCCACAAGACUCGCCCAUCCGAUCCGAUCCAAUCCGAUCCGAUUCGAUCGUUCCACUAAAGUGAUAUAAGAAAUAUAGACAGACUGAACUGCUGCCGAGCCUGAUU